AUGCAGCACCAUGAAAACAUUAAUAAACCUCUCUACAAGAUAGAGGAGGCCGAGGAGGCUGCCCGUAUUCAGGCCGAGGCGGAGGAGGCUGCGCGUAUUCAGGCCGAGGCGGAGGAGGCUGCGCGCAUUCAGGCCGAGGCGGAGGAGGCUGCCCGUAUUCAGGCCGAGGCGGAGGAGGCUGCGCGUAUUCAGGCCGAGGCGGAGGAGGCUGCGCGUAUUCAGGCCGAGGCGGAGGAGGCUGCGCGCAUUCAGGCCGAGGCGGAGGAGGCUGCCCGUAUUCAGGCCGAGGCGGAGGAGGCUGCCCGUAUUCAGGCCGAGGCGGAGGAGGCUGCCCGUAUUCAGGCCGAGGCGGAGGAGGCUGCGCGUAUUCAGGCCGAGGCGGAGGAGGCUGCGCGUAUUCAGGCCGAGGCGGAGGAGGCUGCGCGCAUUCAGGCCGAGGCGGAGGAGGCUGCCCGUAUUCAGGCCGAGGCGGAGGAGGCUGCGCGCAUUCAGGCCGAGGCGGAGGAGGCUGCGCGUAUUCAGGCCGAGGCGGAGGAGGCUGCCCGUAUUCAGGCCGAGGCGGAGGAGGCUGCGCGUAUUCAGGCCGAGGCGGAGGAGGCUGCGCGCAUUCAGGCCGAGGCGGAGGAGGCUGCCCGUAUUCAGGCCGAGGCGGAGGAGGCUGCCCGUAUUCAGGCCGAGGCGGAGGAGGCUGCGCGCAUUCAGGCCGAGGCGGAGGAGGCUGCCCGUAUUCAGGCCGAGGCGGAGGAGGCUGCGCGUAUUCAGGCCGAGGCGGAGGAGGCUGCGCGCAUUCAGGCCGAGGCGGAGGAGGCUGCCCGUAUUCAGGCCGAGGCGGAGGAGGCUGCGCGCAUUCAGGCCGAGGCGGAGGAGGCUGCCCGUAUUCAGGCCGAGGCGGAGGAGGCUGCCCGUAUUCAGGCCGAGGCGGAGGAGGCUGCCCGUAUUCAGGCCGAGGCGGAGGAGGCUGCCCGUAUUCAGGCCGAGGCGGAGAAGGCUGCGCGCAUUCAGGCCGAGGCGGAGGAGGCUGCGCGUAUUCAGGCCGAGGCGGAGGAGGCUGCCCGUAUUCAGGCCGAGGCGGAGGAGGCUGCGCGCAUUCAGGCCGAGGCGGAGGAGGCUGCCCGUAUUCAGGCCGAGGCGGAGGAGGCUGCGCGCAUUCAGGCCGAGGCGGAGGAGGCUGCGCGUAUUCAGGCCGAGGCGGAGGAGACUGCCCGUAUUCAGGCCGAGGCGGAGGAGGCUGCGCGCAUUCAGGCCGAGUCUCCGGUAGUUGGACGGGUCUCUAGUGAUACUGAUGUAGAAGGAGUUCGUGGAUAUGUUUCUGUGAAUGCGGCAGAGUUGAAGGCGGCGAAUAUUGAGCGUUGCGGGGGUUAUUCUAGGGCGGUACAGAGGAGGGUGGCGAAGCAUCGGCGGGCCAGUUUUGCGGCUCAUUUUGUGGAGAAACCUGUUGGAUGGUCGGGCGCCUCGUU